UUGAAUAUAAGCAGUCCACGAGAGCACAUCACUCUGUGGUAGAAGAAGAAGACUCUUGCUUGUGGAUUGUGCAAUAUAACAUACUUUUGACAGAAACAGAGUCAGAAGUAAACCGCCACCAUGAGUACGGACGCAGAGAUGGCCGUUUAUGGCAAAGCUGCCAUUUACCUCCGUAAACCAGAGAAGGAGAGAAUUGAGGCUCAGAACAAACCUUUUGAUGCCAAGAGUGCCUGCUACGUGGCUGAUGCCAAAGAGCUGUACCUGAAGGGAACUAUCAUCAAGAAAGAUGGUGGCAAAGUCACUGUCAAAGUCUUGGACACUCAGGAGGAGAGGACAGUCAAAGAAGAAGACGUCUCUCCAAUGAACCCUCCCAAGUUCGACAAAAUUGAGGACAUGGCCAUGAUGACCCACCUCAAUGAAGCCUCUGUGCUGUAUAACCUCAAAGAGCGUUACGCAGCAUGGAUGAUCUAUACCUACUCUGGGUUGUUCUGCGCCACAGUAAAUCCCUACAAGUGGCUCCCAGUGUACGACUCUGAAGUCGUUGCUGCCUAUAGAGGCAAGAAGCGUAUGGAGGCUCCACCCCACAUCUUCUCUGUCUCUGACAACGCUUAUCAGUUCAUGCUUACUGAUAGGGAGAACCAGUCUGUCUUGAUCACUGGAGAAUCUGGUGCCGGAAAGACUGUGAACACCAAGCGUGUCAUCCAGUACUUUGCCACUAUCUCAGUUGGUGGAGAUAAGAAGAAGGAUUCUGGCAAAAUGCAGGGGUCACUGGAGGAUCAAAUUAUUGCAGCCAAUCCCUUGCUGGAGGCUUACGGUAACGCCAAAACUGUGAGGAAUGACAACUCUUCUCGUUUUGGUAAAUUCAUCAGGAUUCAUUUUGGCCAAACUGGUAAACUGGCUAGUGCUGAUAUUGAGACAUAUCUGCUGGAGAAGUCUAGAGUGACAUUCCAGCUUCCUGAUGAGAGAGGUUACCACAUCUUCUACCAGAUGAUGACAAACCACAAGCCAGAGCUGAUUGAAAUGUCCCUCAUCACAACCAACCCCUACGACUUCCCCAUGUGCAGCAUGGGUCAGAUUACUGUGGCCAGCAUUGAUGACAAAGUUGAGCUGGAAGCAACAGAUAAUGCUAUUGACAUCCUGGGCUUCAGUAAUGAGGAGAAGAUGAGCAUCUACAAAAUGACUGGUGCUGUGCUUCAUCAUGGUAACAUGAAGUUCAAGCAGAAGCAGCGUGAGGAGCAAGCUGAGCCUGAUGGCACAGAGGAUGCUGACAAGGUUGCUUACUUGCUGGGUUUGAACUCUGCUGACAUGCUGAAGGCUCUGUGCUAUCCCAGAGUGAAGGUCGGAAAUGAGUAUGUCACCAAGGGACAGACUGUACCUCAGGUGCUGAACUCUGUGACAGCCCUGGCCAAGUCCAUCUAUGAAAAGAUGUUCUUGUGGAUGGUCAUCCGUAUCAACCAGAUGUUGGACACAAAGCAGCAAAGGAAUUUCUUCAUUGGUGUCCUGGAUAUUGCUGGCUUUGAGAUCUUUGAUUUCAACACCUUGGAACAGCUGUGCAUUAACUUCACCAAUGAGAAACUGCAACAGUUUUUCAACCACCACAUGUUCGUCCUGGAGCAAGAGGAGUACAAGAAGGAGGGUAUUGUCUGGGAGUUCAUUGACUUUGGCAUGGACUUGGCUGCCUGCAUUGAGCUUAUUGAAAAGCCCAUGGGCAUCUUCUCCAUCCUUGAAGAGGAGUGCAUGUUCCCCAAGGCAACUGACACAUCCUUCAAGAACAAGCUAUAUGACCAGCAUCUUGGCAAGUGCAAAGCAUUUGAGAAGCCAAAACCUGCCAAGGGCAAGGCCGAGGCCCACUUCUCCCUGGUGCACUAUGCUGGCACUGUGGACUACAACAUCAGUGGCUGGCUGGAUAAGAACAAGGACCCACUGAAUGAGUCUGUGUUGCAACUUUACCAGAAGUCCUCAGUUAAACUGCUGGUUCUUCUGUAUCCUCCUGUAGUUGAAGAGACUGGUGGUGCCAAGAAGGGAGGCAAGAAGAAGGGUGGCUCUAUGCAGACUGUGUCUUCACAGUUCAGGGAGAACUUGGGCAAGCUAAUGACAAACCUGAGAAGCACCCAUCCUCACUUUGUGCGUUGCCUGAUCCCUAAUGAGUCAAAGACUCCAGGCCUGAUGGAGAACUUCUUGGUCAUCCACCAGCUCAGGUGUAACGGUGUGCUGGAGGGUAUCAGAAUCUGCAGAAAAGGUUUCCCCAGCAGAAUCCUCUAUGGUGACUUCAAACAGAGAUACAAGGUACUGAAUGCCAGCGUCAUCCCUGAGGGCCAGUUCAUUGACAACAAGAAGGCUGCUGAGAAACUGCUUGGAUCAAUUGAUAUUGAUCACGACCAGUACAGAUUUGGACACACUAAGGUGUUCUUCAAGGCUGGUCUCCUGGGUACCCUUGAGGAGAUGAGAGAUGAAAAGUUGGCAUCUCUGGUCACCAUGACUCAGGCUGUCUGCCGUGGUUUCCUCAUGAGAAAGGAGUUUGUCAAAAUGAUGGAGAGGAGGGAGUCCAUCUUCACCAUCCAGUACAACAUCCGCUCAUUCAUGAAUGUCAAACACUGGCCAUGGAUGAAGGUGUACUACAAGAUCAAGCCUCUGCUCAAGAGUGCUGAAACUGAGAAGGAGCUGCAGCAGAUGAAGGAGAAUUAUGAGAAGAUGAAAACAGAUCUGGCUACUGCCCUGGCCAAGAAGAAGGAAAUAGAGGAGAAGAUGGUGUCCCUUCUGCAGGAGAAGAAUGAUCUGCAGCUCCAAGUGGCAUCUGAAUCAGAGAAUCUCUCAGAUGCUGAGGAGAGAUGCGAGGGACUUAUCAAGAGCAAGAUUCAGCUGGAGGCCAAACUCAAAGAGGUAACUGAGAGACUGGAGGAUGAAGAGGAAAUCAACGCCGAGCUUACUGGCAAGAAGAGAAAGCUGGAGGAUGAAUGCUCUGAGCUCAAGAAGGAUAUCGAUGACCUGGAGCUUACCUUGGCUAAAGUAGAGAAGGAGAAACAUGCCACUGAGAACAAGGUGAAGAACCUGACUGAAGAGAUGGCUUCUCAAGAUGAGAGCAUCGCUAAGCUGACUAAGGAGAAGAAAGCUCUUCAGGAGGCUCAUCAGCAGACUCUUGAUGACCUCCAGUCUGAGGAAGACAAAGUCAACACUCUGACCAAGUCCAAGACCAAGCUUGAGCAGCAAGUUGAUGAUCUUGAGGGUUCUCUGGAACAAGAGAAGAAGCUUCGUAUGGACCUUGAGAGAGCCAAGAGGAAGCUGGAGGGUGAUCUGAAGCUCGCCCAGGAAUCCAUUAUGGAUCUUGAGAAUGACAAGCAGCAGUCUGAUGAGAAACUGAAAAAGAAAGACUUUGAAACCAGUCAGCUCCUUAGCAAGAUUGAGGAUGAGCAGUCACUGGGUGCCCAGCUUCAGAAGAAGAUCAAGGAGCUUCAGGCUCGUAUUGAAGAGCUGGAGGAGGAGAUUGAGGCUGAGCGUGCUGCUCGUGCCAAGGUUGAGAAGCAGAGAGCUGACCUCUCCAGGGAACUUGAAGAGAUCAGUGAAAGGCUGGAGGAAGCCGGUGGUGCAACUGCUGCUCAGAUUGAGAUGAACAAGAAGCGUGAAGCUGAGUUCCAGAAGCUCCGUCGUGACCUGGAGGAGGCUACUCUGCAGCAUGAAGCUACCGCUGCUGCUCUUCGCAAGAAGCAGGCUGACAGCGUUGCUGAGCUGGGAGAGCAGAUCGACAACCUCCAGCGUGUCAAGCAGAAGCUUGAGAAGGAAAAGAGUGAAUACAAGAUGGAGAUUGACGACCUGUCCAGCAACAUGGAAGCUGUCGCUAAAGCAAAGGGAAAUCUUGAAAAGAUGUGCCGUACUCUUGAGGACCAACUUAGUGAACUGAAGGCCAAAAAUGAUGAAAAUGUCCGUCAGAUCAAUGAUUUGGGUGCACAGAAAGCACGUCUCCUUACUGAAAAUGGUGAGUUCAGCCGUCAGAUUGAAGAGAAAGAAGCUCUAGUCUCUCAGCUGACCAGAGGCAAACAGGCCUUCACACAGCAGAUUGAGGAGCUGAAGAGACACACUGAAGAGGAGAUUAAGGCCAAGAAUGCCCUUGCCCAUGCACUGCAGUCAGCUCGCCACGACUGUGACCUGCUGAGGGAGCAGUUUGAGGAGGAGCAGGAGGCCAAGGCUGAGCUGCAGCGUUCCAUGUCCAAGGCCAACAGUGAGGUGGCUCAGUGGAGAAGCAAAUAUGAAACUGAUGCUAUCCAGCGCACUGAGGAACUUGAGGAAGCCAAGAAAAAGCUGGCCCAGCGCCUUCAGGAGGCUGAGGAGCAGAUCGAGGCUGUUAACUCCAAGUGUGCUUCUCUGGAGAAGACUAAACAGAGGCUCCAGAGUGAAGUGGAGGACCUCAUGAUUGAUGUGGAGAGAGCUAAUGGCCUAGCCGCCAACCUGGACAAGAAGCAGAGGAACUUUGACAAGGUGUUGGCAGAGUGGAAACAGAAGUAUGAGGAGGGUCAGGCAGAGGUGGAAGGAGCUCAGAAGGAGGCUCGUUCUCUCAGCACUGAACUGUUCAAGAUGAAGAACUCCUAUGAGGAAGCCUUGGAUCAGCUGGAGACCAUGAAGCGUGAAAACAAGAACCUGCAACAGGAGAUUUCAGAUCUGACUGAACAGAUUGGUGAGACUGGAAAGAGCAUUCAUGAGCUGGAGAAGUCCAAGAAGCAGGUGGAGACAGAGAAGGCUGAGAUCCAGACAGCUCUUGAAGAGGCUGAGGGAACUCUGGAGCACGAAGAGUCUAAGAUCCUGCGUGUUCAGCUGGAGCUCAACCAGGUCAAAGGUGAAGUAGACAGGAAGCUGGCAGAGAAAGAUGAAGAGAUUGAGCAGAUCAAGAGGAACAGCCAGAGAGUGAUUGACUCCAUGCAGAGCACUCUGGAUUCUGAGGUCAGGAGCAGGAAUGAUGCCCUGAGAAUCAAGAAGAAGAUGGAGGGUGAUCUGAAUGAGAUGGAGAUUCAGCUGAGCCAUGCUAAUCGCCAGGCUGCUGAGUCCCAGAAACAGCUGAGAAAUGUCCAGGCACAGCUGAAGGAUGCACAAUUGCACCUGGAUGAUGCUGUCAGGUCUCAGGAUGACCUCAAGGAACAAGCUGCUAUGGUGGAGCGCAGGAACGGUCUCAUGGUAGCUGAAAUUGAAGAGCUUAGAGCUGCUCUGGAACAGACAGAGAGAAGCCGCAAAAUCGCUGAGCAGGAGCUGGUGGACGCCAGUGAGCGUGUUGGUCUGCUGCACUCUCAGAACACAAGCCUUCUGAACACCAAGAAGAAGCUUGAGGCUGACCUGGUUCAGAUCCAGAGUGAAGUGGAGGACACUGUUCAGGAAGCAAGAAAUGCAGAGGAGAAGGCCAAGAAGGCCAUCACCGAUGCUGCUGUGAUGGCUGAGGAGCUGAAGAAGGAGCAGGACACUAGCGCUCACCUGGAGAGGAUGAAGAAGAACCUUGAGGCUGCUGUUAAGGACCUGCAGCACCGCCUGGAUGAGGCUGAGAAUCUGGCUAUGAAGGGUGGCAAGAAACAGCUCCAGAAACUUGAGUCCAGGGUGCGUGAGCUGGAGGCUGAGGUUGAAGCUGAGCAGAGGCGUGGUGCAGAUGCUGUUAAGGGUGUCCGCAAAUAUGAGAGGAGAGUGAAGGAGCUCACCUAUCAGGUAAACCACAUUAAUAUUUUACAUCCAUCCAUCCAUUCUGUUCCACUUAUCCUUAUCAGGGUCGCGGGGGGCUGGAGCCUAUCCCAGCAACCAGAGGAUCACAUUUUUAAAAUGUGUUUUCUUUUACAGACUGAGGAGGACAAGAAAAACAUUAACAGGCUGCAGGAUCUGGUUGACAAGCUGCAGCUCAAGGUGAAGGCCUACAAGAGGCAGGCUGAGGAAGCGGAGGAGCAGGCCAAUGUCCAUCUGUCCAAGUACAGGAAGCUCCAGCAUGAGCUUGAGGAGGCUGAGGAACGUGCCGAUAUUGCUGAGUCCCAGGUCAACAAGCUGAGAGCUAAGAGCCGCGACUCUGGCAAGGGAAAAGAUGCAGCUGAAUAAAACACACGUGUGAAUGGUGCAUUUCUAAUCAUACAAUAUGACGUGAAAUACACUCCAAUAAAAUAUUUUUUAUCAUAA